UCUUCCAUCUGGAAGUGCCAGCCCUGUUUGUUCCUCCUUUGUUUUUGCUGUUAGAGCCAGAGACAAGCCGAGAAGCGGGUUCAUCCAACUUCAUUCUACUCGAUGUUAGUCGGUGGGUUUGGACACAGAUUCUCAUCUUUUGAUACUUAGGAGCAGUUUGAGCUCAAAUCUACCCAAAUCUUUUUCCUCCUGGAUAUCUCGGUGCUCUCCGCUAUAGUUAGCCGGUACCGGAGCUCCUAACUCUCGUGCAGUGAAGCGGAGACGGUCACAUUUCCUGCCUCAGUGGAUGAAAUCCUGGGAAUGCAGAGCCAUCAUACAGACCUUCUGGAGCUGCUGGGUCACAGAUUGGAUCUUUAGGACUGAAAAGCUUUUCUGAGAGAGAAGACAAAGGUGGAUUUUAAGUGAAACCUAAAAGUCGUAUCAGGGGAAGAUCACCUGAUUCCAGCAAAUAUGGAAAGAAAACUCACUUGUGACCAGUGUGGGAAGACUUACACCCACAUGCAUCAUUUUAAGACACACCAAUGCAUCCACAGUGAAGAAACACCAUAUAAGUGUGACCCGUGUGGGAAGACUUUCACCCAGAUGAGUAAACUUAAAAAACAUCUGCGCAUCCACAGUGAAGAAAGACCAUUUGAGUGUGAACAGUGUGGGAAGACUUUCACCCAGAUGAGUAACCUGAAGUCACACCUACGCAUCCACAGUGGAGAAAGACCAUAUGAGUGUGACCAGUGUGGGAAGACUUUCACCGAAGCAUCUAACCUUAGGACACACCUACACAUCCACAACAGAGAGAGACCAUAUUCAUGUGAGGAGUGUGGAAAGGCUUUCACUACCAGGAGUCACUUAAAGAAACACCAACGCAUCCACAGUGGAGAAAGACCAUAUGUGUGUGACCAGUGUGGGAAGAUGUUCAUUGAUAUGAAUAAACUUAAGGCACACCUACGCAUCCACAGUGGACAAAGACCAUAUCACUGUGAACAGUGUGGGAAGACUUUCACCCAGAUGUUUGUCCUUAAAUCACACCUACGGAUCCACAGUGGACAAAGACCAUAUGACUGUGAACAGUGUGGGAAGACUUUCACCCAGGUGAGUAGCCUUAAGACACACCUACGCAUCCACAGCGAAGAAACACCAUACGAGUGUGACCAGUGUGGGAAGACUUUCACCCAAGUGUCUACCCUUAGGACACACCAACGCAUCCACAGCAGAGAAAGACCAUAUUCCUGUGACCAGUGUGGAAAGACUUUCACCAAAACAAGUCACCUAAAAAGACACCAACACAUCCACACUGGAGAAAGACCAUAUGAGUGUGACCAAUGUGGAAAUGCUUUCACCACAGUAAGUUACCUAAAAAUCCACCAUCGCAUCCACACUGGAGAAAAACCAUAUGAGUGUGACCAAUGUGGAAAGAGUUUCACCCAAAGAAAUAUGCUUAAAGAUCACCAACGGAUCCACUCUGGAGAAAGACCAUAUGAGUGUGACCAGUGUGGAAAUGCUUUCACCACACUAAGUUACCUAAAAACCCACCAUCGCAUCCACACUGGAGAAAAACCAUAUGAGUGUGACCAGUGUGGAAAUGCUUUCACCACACUAAGUUACCUAAAAACCCACCAUCGCAUCCACACUGGAGAAAAACCAUAUGAGUGUGACCAGUGUGGGAAUGCUUUCACCACAGUAAGUCACCUAAAAAAACAUCGACGCAUCCACACUGGAGAAAAACCAUAUGAAUGUGACCAAUGCGGAAAGAGUUUCACCCAAAUGACAGGGCUUAAACUUCACCAACACAUUCACACUGGAGAAAAACCAUAUAACUGUGACCAGUGUGGGUAUGCUUUCAUCACAGUAAGUCACCUAAAAAAACACCAACGCAUCCACACUGGAGAAAAACUAUAUGUCUGUGACCAGUCUGGGAAGUCUUUCACCAAAGCUAAUCACCUAAAAAUCCACCAACAGACCCACACUGGAGAAAGACCCAAGUCCAUCCCAUAAUUUCACACCCACAACCCAAAUCCAUCUACACUUCACAUCUGUCCUCACUUUAGUUCAUUCACAAAUAUAAAAACCUCUGAAAUUAUAAUUACUCUGUUAAUGGAAAGAAAUCUUGAGUGCUAUUUGGAACAAUCUUAUUUUUUACUUUCUAAAUCAUUUACACUAUCCUGCAAUUUUAAGGGUUUCAAGUGGAAUAAAUCAAUUAUUGGUUGCUUCAAAAUAUCCUACUUUAUUACUUACUUUACUAGUAAUUUGGUAUGUCAUCAGUACGGGUUCAGUUAGUCACGUUUAUAUCAGUGAAAUAUGACUUUGUCCUUAUUUGAUGUGUCUGUGAGACGUAUCUUAUGCUAAAUGGCAGAUAAAGUGUGACUUUGAAUCUUGGUCUAGGUCAUGCAAAAAGGCUCUGUACUUUUCUUAAUGCUAUUGUAACACUGCUUACCUCAAUAUAAAAAAACAAAGUGAAAAUUUAUGGGAAAAAACAAAAGAAAUGAAAUGUUAUAAGUUCUUUGCUUGAUGAGUGUUUUUGAUUUGUAAAUCUGAGCUGUAUUCUGAUUUAUACUUUGUGUAUUUUCACCUUUGUGCUGAACAGUGAUGAAAAGGUCAGGUUCAGCACAAUGUGCCUUUUUUGCAACGUGGAAAUGUUUUGUGGUUAAGGUGAGCAUAGUGUAAUCUGAAUUAUGAACUUGGAAACUUACUGUGGUCAAGAAAUGCUGGCCUCCCUGCGCAGAUGUUCGACCAAGGCGUAACUCUUGAAGCUCUUUGUGGUGAAGCUAUGCUAUCUAAGCUGAACUCCCUGUGCAAAUGUCAAACCAAGGCGUGACCCUUGAUCAAACUGUCAAAUGCAUAAGUGCUAUUUUGCAGAUUUUGCAGAUGUCCAAUGCACUUGUUAAACUUAAAGUGAACUUUCAAAUGGGUGUGUGCUCAGAGUGAUUGAUGUUUAUACUGAUGUGUUUUGAUUGACAUGUGUACUGACGCAUUUUACCCAGCAAUUGUUAACCAAUCAUAUGUGUUUGUUGAACUUAUGUAACUGAAUAUGGGAGUCACUAAACAUUGGAGUCUUCAAAGAGCCACUAAAGACUAUAAAAUGUAAUGGAGAAGAUUUUAUAUGUUAGACGAAUAGUGUGUUUGAUGGGAUACUAGUGGUAAACUGCCUUCUCUGACAACUCACAGUUUUUGGAUUUUUGUGAAUCAUUGCUGUUUUCA